AACUACAAACUUCCAUGCAGGUCUGUCCUCCUGCCAUGCUAGUUCAUGAAGAUCCCAGUUUUGUCACUUUUCUAACUUGCCCAUUCUUGCAGGUCUGGGUCUGUGGGACUACAGAGUUAAGGUUGAUGCUUGCCCACCUGUAUCUUACGUGUCACUGGUGGUGUGGAUUUUUUUAGUCAACUUUAUUUCUGAAGAUCUCACAAGUACUGCAAUUUCAGUUCUCAAAGCUUUUUUGUAACCUUCUUCCUGAUAAACUUCUUCCAGAUUUUCUUGUACCUCUUAACAACUCGGCAUGUAUGGAGAACAGUAGAUGCGCUCAAGGGCUUAAAGGGGUUUAUGUACCUCGGUUCUCUAUUCAGGAGUAAGUGAAUGAUGUACAAUGCUUUUUUUUCCCCCCAUGCUUUUCUGUUUUUGAAAGAAACAAAUGUCAGUGCCCUUUUUGAUCCUUAUAAAAUACUGUAAACACUUUUCUGUACUCUUUAGGCUGCACAGGCUCUUUGAUUUUUCGUAUCCGCUUUUAAAAACGUGAAGCGCCUUUUUCUAACUUUGUUUUGAAGGGGUAACUUCUUAGGUUACUGAAAAACGCGUAAGGAGAAGGUUGUAAGAAGCAGGCUGGGUGCGCACCGGGCUGUGAGGGCUCCCCGUAACGGCCGUUUCGUGAGGGGCGCUGUGGUGGCGGCCCUGCUCUGUGCCCCUCCGUGCCUCGCCACCUGAGUGGGGCCACAGAGCCACGACGCUCCCCGUUACGGGCACCACCAGGGCAUCGCUGUUCAUCAUUCCCUCGACUCGUACCAUGCUGCGGUACCCCGUUACCUUGAGCCCACCCCCGCCCCGCCCCGCACACGCAUAAUGGCGGCGGCCGCCGGGCGGCACCCGCCCCGCACACGCAUAAUGGCGGCGGCCGCCGGGCGGCACCCGCCCCGCCCCGUUCCACCCCCGCCGCUGCUGCCUGGCGCCGGCCGUGACGCGGCGGCGGUUGCGCGCUGUGGCGGCCAUGGCCAUCUGCCAGUUCUUCCUGCAGGGCCGCUGCCGCUUCGGCGACAAGUGCUGGAACGAGCACCCCCGCGGCGGAGGGGGCCGCCAGCAAGGCGCUGCCAGAGGGGGAGGAGGAGGAGGAGGAGGAGGAGGAGGAUGGGGCGCCUCGACGCAGAGGUACAGCAGCGUUAUCCAGCCGUCAGCCUUCAGGAGCAGCGCGUGGGGCGGCAGCCGGGAGCACGGCGGCGGCAGGAGCGCCGACUUCUCUCAGAACAGGUUCUCCGCCUUAAGCAGCCAAAGCCUCGGCGAUGGCUACAGGGAUGAAGACGAGAAACUUCUUGAAUGUAUAGUGAAAGACAUGGAAAUUUGGGAAUCCUCAGGACAAUGGAUGUUUUCAUCUUACUCACCUAUGAAAGACAAGCCUAAUAUUACAGGCUUUCAAGAUUUCUCGCCAGAAGAAUUGCGUCUGGAGUGUUACAACUGCAGAGCAAACAGUAGCGCUCAGACCUAUUUAAAUUCCGUCCAACAAUUAGUAAAAGGCUGGAAAGACAGGCUGCUGCAGUUGAAGACUUUAAAUGCAACAACAAAAGUAGCAUUGCUCACUGAGUUAAAGAACACGGUCAUGCAGCCAUCACCUUCAUUUGGAUUUGGAGGACAGCAAACAUCCAGCUUCGGGGCGUCAAGUUUUCCUGUGAACAGCAGCAGUACCAGUGCCAGCAAUUUCUCCUUUAAAACAAGUUCCAGUCUCUUUGGUGCCUCAUCAGGAAAUGCCCCUGCUUUUGGGAGCUCUUCUGCAGGCUGCAAUCCUCCUGCAUUUGGUGCGAUGUCUUCCACGAGCGUUUCCCAUCCUCCUGCUUUUGGCAACCCAUCAGCUCCCUCUGCAGCCUCCUUCUCGUUUAAGCUUUCUUCUGAACCAACCAGCAGUUUUGGAUCUUCUGGGUUUUCAGGCUUUGGCAGUUCUUCUACUGUGAACUCUUCAAGCAGCGCUCCACUUCCAGCUUUUGGAGCUUUUAAUGCAGCAGCACAAGCGUCCCCCUCACAUUCGAGCAGCACUUUGUUUGGUCAGGCUGCCACUGCCUCUGGACAUAACGUAACACCAGUGCCUUCUGUGCUCACAAAUGGUGGUACAGCGGAUAAGUUAUUUACAUCCAAGAGUGAAUUAACAGCAGAGGAGUUGAAACAGUUUGAAGCAAAAAGGUUUAUCAUGGGAAAGAUACCUCUUAGGCCACCACCGCUAGAACUUUUAAAUAUUUAAGACUUGUACGUUUAUUCUGAAAUGGCACGUUUUGUAGCUGGUCUAUGACACCUCAAAUACACAAUAUUGUGAUUGACUCGUGAAUUAAAAUGCCUCUCUCUGAGAUAAAUUUUCAUUUCAUCUCAGUCUUCUGCAGUAAUAAACACUUAAAAAUUGAA